AAUUCAGUUACUAAUAGAAGAAAAUAAAAACAACAACAACAAUCAAACUUUGUAGCAUCAUCAAUAUCAUCUAAUUCAUUGAUAUCUUUCAAUGUAAUUUCAUUCAACAACAAUUGCAACUAGUUUAAUUCACUUUCUGUUAGUUAAAUUAUUACUUUCAAUUGUUGUUUUCAUCAUCUAAACGUUGAUACUUUAUCCGGUUUCCUAUUGAUAAACGUUUAAAGUUAAUCAAAUUGAUAAUCAUGUGAUUGAUUAUCAUCAAAUAAUUGACUUAUUAUUAAAUUCAAUGUCAAUGUUGUUGGAUUGUAGUUGAAAUCACCAUGAGUUGAUAAAUUGUUUUCUCUGGAUAUAUAAAUUUAGUGAUCUCAGUGUUCCAAGUGAUAAUUAUCAUUAUUAUUAUUAAGGAUUAAAUUGUAAUCAUGGCUUGUAAAGUAUCGCUAAUUGUUGGCCUGUUAAUUUUACUUCCAAAUGAAUAUGAAUUAAUUACUUCGUUGGAACCAAGGGUCUACGAUGAAUUUGUCUUCCAAGGUAACAUUGCUCUAUUUCGAUGUCAAAUUCCAGAUCACCUUAAGGACUCAGUUCGAGUGAAAUCUUGGUAUCUUAGUAACGGGAUCACUCUUAAGUCUCCAGAGAAUCGAGAUAAAUUUACUGUUCUUCCUUCAGGAGAAUUGAUCAUUCGUUCAGUUGAUUCUGAAGAUUCCUAUCUCAAAGUUCGAUGCGAAGUUAAAAAUGAUAAAACUGGCCGAACAAGUAUAACAUCUACUCCAGGAAAACUCACAGUUAUCGAAGCUAAAAAUCCUUCUAGUCCAAAGAUAUUUUUUCAAUUACCUCAAAUAAGUGCUCGUGAUGGUGAUGAUAAUGUUUAUCUACCUUGUAUUGCCUCGGGUUAUCCUUUAUCCAAAUAUGAAUGGUUUAUCCGGAUUUCCAAUUCAGAUUCAAGAAUAUCUUUAUCAUCGCUAUCUGAUGACUAUGUGCCUCUUUCAUCAUUAUUAACAUCAUCUUCAUUAAGUUCUAAUCGACUUGCAGGCCUUAUUAUUCAUCCACAUCGUUAUAAAAUCACCGAUGGUUUGUUAAUCAUUUCCGAGCCAAAAUCAACUGAUUCAAAUCAAUUUCGUUGUAUCAUAUCAAACAAUUUGGGUCGAGUUAAAUGUGACAUUAAGUUAACUGUCUAUUCUCAUCUAAAAGUCACUAUAAAUACAGUUCCACCCACCGAGUAUACCACAAAUUCAAAUAGUAAUAAUGUCAACCUUGAUCGGACAUUUUCCGGUUCAGGUAAAAGUGUAUCAAGUUUAAAAGGCAUUGGUUCAACAUCAUCUACCUCCUCCUCAACCACAACCCUAUCAUCAUCAUCAUCAUCAUCACAAUCAGUGGGAGUCACUCGAAUACCAAUAAGUUUAGGUUCAAGUUUAUCUUUAAAUUGUACAGUUAAGGGAUUCCCUGUGAAGGACAUCAAAUGGACAAAAGAUUCAAAAACUCUGUUGGAAUCGAUCCUUACAGGAACUUCAAGACCUCUGACAACAGUAAAGGGAUCAUCAUUAUCCUCAUCAUCUUUAUCAACAUCAUCAUUAUCAAGAGAAACUGAUUAUCAUCAUUAUCAUCAACAGCAACAAUCCAACAGUCACCAUUCAAUUAUCCUCGAUUUGAUUUCAUUAGAUCGUAAACACGAAGGUUUUUAUAUUUGUUUGGCCUCUAAUGAUUUAGCAUCAACCCAACAAACUAUUCAACUUUAUUUUGAUGAUGAAGUUCCAGUUUUCGAGGAAACUUUUAAUGACCAAUUAUUAUCUCUUGGAACAUCAUUAUCGUUAAUAUGUUCGGCCCGAGGGCGACCAUUACCACAGAUUACUUGGGCAUUUGAUAUGGAGCCUCUAAAGAGUUCACAUAGAAUUCGUUAUGCUGAUUUUGUUUCGCAACGUGAUAAAGUAACAAGUUAUGUUAAUAUUACAUCAGUUCGUUCAGAAGAUGCUGGACUUUAUCAAUGUAUUGCUAAAAACUCAGCGGGACAAAGUUUCCACCAAAAAAGAGUCAAUAUCUAUGGUGAACCAGGAGUAAAGCCAAUGGUCAACAGGACAGUUUUAGAAGGUGAAAGUAUUUGGUUUUACUGCCCAGUCUAUGGUUAUCCACAUGGAGAGAUAAACUGGUUGAAAGAUGAUGAACAGAUUCCUAGUAAUGGACGUCAGGAAGUUUUCACUAAUGGUUCACUGUUGGUCAAAAAUGUUAAUCGUAAAGUGGACGAGGGAUAUUAUUCUUGCCAAUUAAGUUCAUCUCUAAAAGGAUCAUCAGAUUAUCCUGGCAACAGUAAUAAAAAGCAUUCGCACUUCCAGCAACAGUCUCAACAUCAAUCUAAAUGUUUCCUCAAAAUUAUGGUUGGUCCUCGGAUCGAUCCAUUUGUAUUCCCAAAGGAUAUGGAGGAGGGUAUGAGAAGUGUAGCAUUUUGCUCAGUAAGUUCUGGCGAUGGGCCGAUUCACAUCGAUUGGUACAAAGAUGGAAUCAAACUGGACUCAAAUGAGUUUGGAACUCGAAUCGAAAUGCUGAAUAGUUUCACAUCAACAAUAACCUUUCAAUCGUUAACAACCCAGCAUACUGGCAAUUAUACUUGUUUAGCAUCAAAUUCAGCAUCGAGUGUUAAUUAUACCGCUGAGAUGAUUGUUAAAGUCUCACCAACAUGGAUUAAGGAACCAAUUGACUUGGAAGUAAUCAAUGGAGCUCGAGUUAUACUUGACUGUCAAGCUUCAGGAUUCCCUGAGCCUCAGAUUCGUUGGAAAAAGGAAGAAGUUGAUCCCAAUGAAGCAAAAGCAACAUUUAAAACCAUUAUAAGUAAUCCUCAUAUUCAUAUUCUGGAGAAUGGGUCACUUUUCAUUAAUCUCGUUGGCUCAUCUGAUUCUGGAAAAUAUAUGUGCCAAGCCACGAAUGGGGUUAAUCCAGCAUUGAGUAAAGUUAUCAACUUAAAAGCUCACAGUCCUCCGACAUUUGGUUCAACCUUUGUAUCGAAAAUCGUGAAAAAAAGUGAAUCCGUUAGAUUAACAUGUAAUGCCUCAGGUGAUAAUCCAUUAAGUUACUCAUGGAAAAAGGAUGAUGUUGAUCUGGAACAGUUGAUGAUUGGAGGUCGAUACAGGAUGGAAGAGAAUAAGAAAACUUCCGUUUCCGAUAAUCUAAUCUCUUCAGUUGAUUUAAUUAUUGGUUCCGUAGAUAGAAGUGAUUCAGCUUUGUUCACUUGUAUAUCCACGAAUCCUUUUGGUUCAGCUGAGAAAACAUUUCGUUUAAUUGUCCAGGAAACACCAGAAACACCAAUAAAUCUCAACAUUGGUGAAGUUAAAAGCGAUUCUCUACUAAUAUCCUGGUCCGAACCAUAUAACGGUAACUCACCAAUAAUGGAAUAUAUUGUUCAAUAUCGUCCAAUAUCAUCAUCGUCAUCAUGGAAUACAAAAGUAACCGAGUCAAGAGAUUCAGGUUUAUCAACUUCUCUCUAUAUUGAUAAUCUAAAGCCAACAACUAACUAUGAAUUUCGAGUGAUCGCUAAAAAUGCUCUUGGGUCAUCAGAAUCUUCCCAGUCAAUUACCCAGGUAACAUUAGAAAAAGAACCUGUCUUUCCACCUCAGGAUGUUAGGAUAACCCCUAAGGGUUCAAGUAUCCUGAAAAUUUCCUGGAACCCGCCAAAAUCAUCAGAUGGAGAUUCAAAGGAACCAAGGAUAACAGGUUAUCAUAUUGCUUAUCGAAAGGCUGAAAUUGAUUCACCUUAUUUCAUCAAGACUGUUGAAGUUUCAGGAUCAGCAAGUGGGAGUAAAGGUGCCAGGGAAGAGUAUACCAUUGGUGGAUUGGAAAAGUUGACUCGGUAUGAGGUUAAAGUUCAAGGUUUUAACACCGCUGGUGAUGGUCCAUUUAGUGACCCUUUGUCAGGGGAAACACUUCAAUAUGAUGCGCCUAAAAGUCCCCUGUUGAAUGUUGUUGGUUCAUCACCGUCAACUAUUGACCUUUCAUGGGAACCAUCAGGAGAUGAGCCUGUUACAGGAUAUUUAAUCUUUUAUCGAGCUGAGGGUAAAGAAUGGAUCUCACAACAAGUCAAUUCUCUGACCAGUUACACAAUUUAUCAGGCCCAAUGUGGUACAAAAUAUCAAAUUUACGUUCUAGGAUUAAAUGAUGCUGGACAGGGGGAUCACUCUGAUACGAUAAUUGCUCGAACUGAAGGAACAGCUCCGGUGGCUCCUGAUAAAUCCUCAUUUCUUCAGUCAAAUUCAACGGCAGUUUUACUCAAUCUUCAUGCUUGGCAUUCAAAUGGUUGUCCGAUUUUGGCCUUCGAUAUUCAAUAUAAACGAAACGGAGAUCGAGAAUGGAUUUUACUUCAGUCCUCUGUUCCUGCGACAACACCAACGAUAACCAUUCCUGAUCUUCUUCCGGCCACUUGGUAUAACCUUUUAAUGAGAGCGGAAAAUGAAGCUGGAACCACGGAUGCUGAAUUUGUUUUCGCCACCACAACAAUUGAUGGAACACUUAUUCCACCUUUAUCUGUAUCAACUGAGCUUGAUGGUGAAUCAGGAAAUAAUAAGCUCUCUUUCACCUCUAAAUGGGUUGUCCAACAAUUGAAUUUAAUAUUACCUAUUCUUUGUGGUCUUGGAGUAUUGACUCUUGGGUUAAUUGUUAUUUGCUCUCUACAAAUGAGAAAAGCUUAUAUUCAAAAUGGUGGUAAUUCUGAUCCUAGUCUAUCUGUUUCAGCGACACUCAAUGAAAGUGUUUACAAGAUUGACAAUAAUAACAAUAAUGGUGAUCUCGGGUCACCGGUAAUCUCAUCAACAGGUAAUCCUUAUAAAACAGAGUCAACAUCAACCGAAAUCAGAUCGACUUGUGAAACCGUUGGACAAUUAACAGGAAUCGGAGGUAUAAUGGGCAAUGGCAAUGCAAUAGGAGGAGGAGGAGGAGGAGGAAUUAAUAGGUACAGGAAUUGGUUAUCGUCAAUCAGGGGAAAUCAAUCAAUCUAUUAUCCAUCACCUUAUGCCUUAUCUAGAAUUGAAGAAUAUCGAACUCAAGAAUAUGGUAAAUCGUGCGAUGAAACAUAUAAACUUCGACCAUUGAAUCGACCAACAACAACAACAACAUCGACAACAGGUCAUCCUUAUCACCAUGAUUACGAUACACCGAUUUUCCUGAAACGUGUUAACCUGAAUUCAGUAUCACCAAGUCUUGAAUAAGUUUUGAUAACAAAAAUUCUGGAAAAUAUAAUAUCAACAAAACCGAUCGGGACCAAAUUAUUACUAUUAUUAAAUCACUUACAUGAUUUAAUGGAUUAUCUUAUAUACAAUUUUUUGUAUCAAUUUUCUGAUUUAUUGCUCAUGGUUUUUGUCCGAGGAAAAAAACUGAAACAACAAUGGAAUCAACCAUGAGCAUGAUGAUAAAGGAGCUCAUGAUACACUAUGAUGAUGAUAAUGAGGAUGAGGACGAGGAUUAGAUGAAAAGAUAUCGAUAAAAAGAGAAGAGAACUUUUUUUAACACUUUCUUAUCUUCGUGCUCAUUCAAUCACGUUUAUCAUCAUGAUCAUCGAGAAACUCUGGGAUCAACCCAUGAAAUCUUCAUGAGCUAAGCUUAAACAUUAAAGA